CUCGAUUCCUUCCUUGGUUCUCUCUCUUUUUUUCUAGUAGAAAAAUAAUUAAGGAACGAAAGCUUUUGGGAAUUUUGCAGCCAAAUUGUUUAGUAUUUUGCUCGUGAUACAGUUUUGUAUUCCUCAGCAUUUGCAACCCUUUACACCUGUGCUGAAGUAUUUAGGAUCAGGAAAUGGUUAAAAGGUAUGGAGCGUUUUGAUGUGCAGGAAAUAUCAUGUUGCAGUGCAUAGAGGGAAUCAAGCGGUUAUUUGCUUCCCUACUGCGUUGCUGUGAUAUUGGUUUGUAUAAACAAUCAAGAGGCCUUGAAGAUCCUGAACUUCUUGCUAGAGAGAUUGUGUUCACUGUUAGUGAAAUAGAGCCACUUUAUGAGCUCUUCAAGAAGAUCAGCAGUGCUGUCAUCGAUGACGGGUUGAUUAAUAAGGAGGAAUUUCAGUUGGCAUUAUUCAAGACGAACAAAAAAGAGAGCCUGUUUGCUGAUCGGGUACUCUUUAUCUCUCUCAACUUCUUGUUUCUGUCUUUUGUUAAAUGUGCUUCACUGUACUGUUGUUGCACGUAUCACUAGCACUUUGACCUGUCUAUUGAUAAAUAAUCACCACCCUGUAACUGCUGUCACAACAUUUCUGAUUUGCUGCAGGUAUUUGACUUGUUUGAUAACACAUUAAUUACUUCAAAGCAGCAAUUUUACCUAGUUAAAAACAAGCAUAAACGUAUUCACAUAAAAACAAGGCAGUAACUGGAAAAAGAAAAAGGAAAAAUGAAAAUGCUGGAUGAAAUUCAUAUGAGAUUCCAGAAAUUAUCAUCACAGUGACCUGCCACAUAACAAACAAGGAUGUCAGUC